AUUUCGUCUUUGCGUGAAAAUUUACCCCCAUUCCCACCAUUUUCAUCCAUGAUCCACUCCACGCUCCCUGUAAUCUCUCGGUAGCCAACUCACUCAUUCAUAUCAUUUGAAUUUCAACACAAACUCCUUCAUACUUCUUCUGAGAUUCUUCUGAAAGCACAUCUCCAGAGACUCCUACUACUAUUCAAUUUCUCAAACGAGGGAUGGAGUCUGGAAACGAAGUUGUUUUAGAGGAUGAAAGCGGUGUUGCUAUUAAUGAAGAUCCGAAUGUGAAAAAAGAGGAAGAAAACUCAAAUACAGUCGAGGAACCCCUUAAUUCAACAGGAGUUGAAGUGAUUGAAAUCAUUGAAUCGUCUGACAUUCGAGGGAAAAACUCCAUUAAAGUUUCAACAAACGACGCGACUUCAAAUAACAAGAAAGUAGUUAAAAACAUCCCUAGUACGAGUUCUUCCUCUCGCAAUCCUAAGUCAAAUCCGUCUCAGAAUUCAUCUUUUCCUGCUAAAACCCCAAACCCUAAUUCCAUGAAGACUGCCAUUGCUGGGCACCCUGUGAAACCACGAAUUGAAUCAAAAGGUAAAGCCACAUUAACCAAUGGAACUGGCUCAUCACGAUCUUCUAGUUUGUAUACAGCUAAUAGGAGAGCUUCUGUUGGAGUGAAGUCUACAGAAGUGACUGCAAAGAGUAGUGGUAUGGCUACCCGGAGAGCCAGUUUACAUUCAGUCACAGGCCUAAACACCUCAAGGCCCAAAAAAUCCAAUGGAAAUGAAGACUGCCCUCCUUCUGAAGACUCCUUAUCAGUUAAGCAACAUUCAAAACCAAGAGAAGAUGAUGACACUCGUUCCUCUACCUCAUCAGGGCAACAUAGGAACAUUGCAUCCGGCUUUUCUUUCAGGUUGGAUGAACGUGCUGAAAAGCGAAGACAGUUCUAUUCAAAGUUGGAGGAAAAGACUCAUGCAAAGGAAAUGGAGAAGACUAAUUUGCAAGAAAAGUCAAAGGAAAGCCAAGAAGCUGAGAUCAAGAAAUUAAGGAAGAGUUUGACAUUUAAAGCUGCCCCACUGCCAAAGUUUUACAAAAAACCCCCUCCAAAAGUAGAACUGAAGAAGAUGCCACCCACACGUCCAAAAUCUCCAAACCUGGGCAGAAACAAGAGCGCUGUGGCUGAAUCAUCAGGUAAAGUCAACCAUGAGAAAGAGGUAGUCAAACCCGAAAAGUCAACUGGAAAAGUCAAAGCAAAAACCUCACCUUCCAAAGCGAUGGUCAAACCCGAAAAGUCAAAUGAAAAUACUGGUAAAACAGAAGAUGAAGAAAAGGAUCCAGUUUGGAAUGAGGAAUUUGAAGCAGUCCAAAUCCCAUCUGUAAAUCCUCUUGAGGUUGAGGAUUGGAUAGAAGUUGGUGCUGAAAAGAAUGCUGCAGGGGUUGAGGAAUUGACCAAUGAGGAUGUGACACCUGGAGAUAUUGUCAUUGUUGAAGGUUAGAAAAUUCUUUUUAAUAGGGUUUUUUUUUUUUUUUUUGGGUGUGGAGAUUUUGAGAUUGGUUUCUGUGAUGUGAAUAGUGUGGUGAAAGAUUGUUUUGUUUUUUGCAAAAGGGUUGUCUCUACAGGUUUAUAUGAUAUGAUGUAAUGAAUCUUUCUUAGAAUCCAAAGAUGUGAUUUUUUUUUAAUGACUUGUUUAUUUUGGCGUGAAAAUUGGAAUUUUUGUUUGUAUUUAUAAAAGAUUCAUGUUCUGGAUUCUUAUUUGUUUUUCAUUUGCUUCCGGAUGAUUACGAUGAUGAGUCAUGAGACAUUAGAACAGAUGGACAUGAUAAUAUUUUGUAACAAUAAUGUAUCAUUUAACGACUUUACUCCUUCUCUUUUGUUUUUCUUUCACCCUUAAUUGAGGCUCAAUUCCUUUUAAUUGUUAGCAUUUUGGGUGAUAAUGUUUUGGAAUCUAUAAUUUUAAUAGGAAAAGAAAAAAAUCUGAAUAUUGUUUUGGAAUCUAUUCAAUAUCCUUGGAUUAUUUAAAAAUCCUUUUUUUAGUAUGUACCAUUUGAUUGAAAAUAAUUCGUAAUAUAAAAAUAUUGUUUUAUUUAGUUUUAGAGGGUAAUGGGGACCAAUAAAUUUAGAAAAUUAACCAAUGUAUUACUCAAAUUAAUAAAACACUGACAGCCCAAAAGUUAAUCAUGUUUUUUUGACUGCAUAAAAUGAAUUAAUUGACCAUGCAUUUCGUGUCAGCAUUCAGUAAACUUUCCACUUUCUAGAUCCCUCCAAGGUGAAUUUGGUAAUUUCCUAUUUUUUUUUUAAACGGCAGAUCCUAUUAAAUGCGUCGGACUGUACAGAUGUAAACCCACUCUAUGCCCUUUUUCAACUUCUUAUUCAUUUCUGCAAAUCAUAUCAUAGUAGUCGUUGGUUAAAGAAGGUGGAGGUUGGAAUCGUUGAUUUCAAUAUAUGUGUAUUGUUUUCGAUGGAUUUGGUUCAUGAAAUAUCGGCGAUGGUUUUUAUCAACCGGUCUCAAAUUAUUCAGCCGCGAUUUCCCUGUUUAAAAGAGACGCAUAGUUUAUUAGCGGGCUGACCAUGAAGAGAGCGGUCAAUGUUGUUGAUUUGAUGAGUUUUCUUCCACAACUAUGUGACCCGCAGUGUGAGCUCCUUUUGCUUCGAUCAUGUAUGGGCAUUGCAAAACUUUUCUUUGGUUUAAGGACUUGCCAGUUGGUGCAUAUAAAAGAAGCAACUUUAUUCUUUGACAAAGGAUUGCGUAGGUCUAUCGAGGAUAUGGUGGUAUGUGGAGGCCCCUUCUUUGGAGACAUCCAAUGGUGUCUGACUUCCUUACAUAUUCGUUUCGGUGGUUUGGGUUUGUACUCGGCAUACGAGGUUUCCUCCUACACAUUUGUAGCAUCGAGGGCCCAAUCUUGGGUAUUACAAGAAAAUAUCUUACGUGACAGUGACAUAUAUGGUGUGGACUCUGAUUACCUAUGUGCUAUGACUCGUCUUUGCGAUACGAUUCUGGGAUUCGACUUUAGCAGUUUCACUAAUAAAGACACCGCUCCCCUUAAAUCCCCAAAAGCAUUGGCGUGUGCCCUUUUUAGCAAAAUCGUCAAAGAUAUGGAAGUCGACUUCGACAUGACUGUUAGACAGAAAACAGUUUUUGAGUGUCUUCGGGCACCUCAUGCUCAGGAUUUUCUGCUACCUAUCCAAAUUGAUGGCCUUGGCCAACAUAUGUCUCCUGUGAAGUAUCGAACUAUCCUUCGUUACCGCCUCAUGAUUCCUCUAUUCCUAAUUCAUGAGAUAUGCCCAGUUUGCCGCAAGACAUGUUUGGAUACAUUUGGGGAACAUGCGGUUCAUUGUAGAGAGUUCCUUGGUUUCAAGUACAUAUAUGAUGUGGUUGGGGAUGUUAAUAACAGAUUUCAAUCACAUGUGAUUAAAAUAUGUUAUGAACAUCUUAUGCUUUUGUUUUAAUCAUAUCACUACAAGAAAGGUUAGCAUUACCGGCGACGCCUUUAGCGGCGACACAAGGCAAUAGCGGCGACAUGUAAUUGACGCCUACAACGAUCCGCGUCAAACUAACCCCAUCUGUCCGAUUUCUUUUCAAUCCAACGGCUGUAGAGGAAAGCGAAAAGACGCGUUGACUUUUCCCUCCACUGGUUGCCGCUAUUGCCCUAGUGUCGUUGCUAAUACGCAUUCGUCGCCACUAUUGCCUGUCGCCGCUAAUGCGCGUGCAAAUAUCCCAUUCCAGUUUACCUUUCUACGAUUUCUUUUCUGCACUAUUCUUUCUUUUCUCUUUUUUCUCUCCUUUCUUUCUUCAAUCUCGCUUAUUUCUUCCGACUUGGUGGACUAGGAAGUGCCUGUUGGGACCGGUGCUAUCCCCUCCUUCCCCCAAGACCGCCACAGCCCCAAAACCGGCGACCUUGAGCUACAUUCCGAAAUUGUCCCCAAUCGAGGCUGUAGACGAGGUUUACUUGGGCGAUACUCUUGGCUAUGAUGGUCGUUGUUAUGGGGCUUGGACAUUGAGGUGAUGGAGUCGGGGAUCCACCACCUCCAGGAGGCUUUGGUCGUGGUCAGCACGAACAAGAUGCCGAGCUUCCAAAAAAAAGAAGGGGCAUGUCAAAAAAUAUCGAGUUGGGAAAGUUGAUACGGGCAAACAAGGGAAAGCCCGUAGAUUUGGAUUUCGACAGGGAGAUCACAUAUUCCCCUAUCGGGAACCGUGGUAAUUGUUUCACACAUGAAAUUGGGAGGUAUUUCCGGAACAAUGUCCCUUUCAACGUAUCUGGUUGGUACAAUGUUUCCCCCGUCUUAAGGAUCGCAACAGUUGUACAUCUAAAG